AAGCUUACCGCCCGCCAACAACGAACGAGACGUCAUGUCCCUCAUUGGCCCGAAAAGCUUCAAAUCCAUCCCAAAGCAGAAAUCAACUUCCUCGAACGUCUCCUUCAAAACACCACAAUCCUCCUCCAUGACUCAUGACCCUCGCAACAAACACCUAUAAAGACAGCAACCGCAGCAUCUAGAGAACACGGUCACCACCACCACAAUCCCCCCAACAACAACACCAACCCCACCACAAACCAACCUACCCCGCACCACCCCAGAAAAAGAUACCAAACCCCCCCCCAAAAAAAAAACAAGAUGACAACAUACACCACGCGCGACUUCUACGGCGGCGCCAUCAAAGGCCUAACUCCCCAAAACUGGGUCGACGCAAGUGACGUCCGCGAAAUUCCCUCCCACCAAGAAGUCUACCUGUCGCCCACGACGCUCACAUCCCAAAUCACCGAGAUAAACCAACGCGUCACCGACGCCGAGACCCUCGCCGUGGAUACACUCAUCCCGGCUCUGCAGCACCAGCAGCUCGACGCAGACGCCAAAGCAGCGCUGUACCACGUGCACGACCUCUGCGACGAGGACGACAAGCUGGAGAUCGUGGCGCCGCCGAGUCGGGUCGUCUUGGGGAAGUUCCCGGCCGGGACGGUGGGGUAUCGCGGUGUGGUGAGGGUUACGUCUCCGAAGGGGAGACGGAGUACUACUGGCUCUGGCUCUGGGGUUGGAAUUGGGGGCGCGGUUGCGGGGUCGAGUUCGGAGGGCGGACUGACCAGUACUGUGACGCUGUGGUAUCUGCUGGUCAGGCUCGUGGAGCAGGAGACGGAUUUGGUGGUCUUUGUGAAUGUGCCCCGGGAGGAGUUUGACAAGGCGGGCGAUUUGAGGGCGUUGGAGGCGGAGGAAAGGCUGGCGGAUGGGUUGAUUACCGCGUUUGUGGAGGGGCUGGAGGUUGUUGACUGGGAUUUGUUUUGUUAGGUUUCUUUUUCUUUUCUUUUUUUGCAUUUUGGGGGUUGUUUGGGGUGUGUAUGAUUCAUUGAUGGGUUUGGGAAUGAUGGGACUGUAUUUGGAGGAUAUCAUGAGAUUUGGGCUCUUGCAUGGCGGGCUUGGUAUGUAUGGAUGGGUUAAGGAAUUGCAUGUAUCAUGGAUGAAAUCAUGACUAGCACACUGGCAUGUAUAUAGAAAGACUAAUUAGAUAGCUUAGUGAUAGUCAAUCCGAAAUAAAUCGAUUAUGAACACCCAA